AUGGCAAAGCGAGCGAGAGAACAGACCAACGAGACUUCGCAGCCUUUUGCAAACGAGGCAGCGACCUUCACGUACGUACCACGCAGCUCAGGAGCACCCACGCCAAGCGGUAGCGAGGGUUCGGCGCCAUCUAACGCGCCUCCUAACUUUCAAACGUCAGACUUGCGUCCUCAGUAUCGGCUCGUCCCCAUAUAUGAAGUGCCAUGGUUCCAUUCGUACGGGUCUCAGCCGUGCUACUCACACUACUCACAGCCGCUCCCCUCUACAUUGCCGGCAUGUUGGCCAGGCUCAUUUGAAACGAAGCCGCUGUGCUACAAUUGUCUGAUGCAACAACCAAUUCCAAAAUAUUACCAAGUUGAUGGAUGUUAUUAUUACACACCUAGCCAGCCGCCGAUGCUAGCAGCAUCCUCAUACAAUGGCAGACGUCUGCGCGACGGUACAUAUCCAUGGUACGGCCGCACUAGAGACGAGGUCCAAGCGGAUGGGUGGAAGGAACGUGAGCAGUGCGAGCGCCAGAUGGGGAAGGAAGCGAAAGGCGCGGAAAGAGCACACUGCAGUGGUGACGAGGAAGCAAAGGCCAUAGAACCCAAAGGCAAGCCGACGGACCUGUACUGGGUCCAGCAUAAGGAUGGCGGCUUGCGAGCCUAUCCGCUAGGCACUAUUAGAAUCAAUUUCCAGGGGGCUUGGAAGAUCGACUCCAACGGAUGGCCGUAUUUGGUGGAGAAAUGA